GGACACUCCAUCGUACUUGUAUCAGAAGAAGUUUCAUUCUGCAAAGCAAUGCCAUUCGUACUGAGUAUUGGUCAGUCGACAAAAUGUUAGCGUUUUCGCUUCCCAACCGGCUCAGCGCUGUUAAGGUCAGCAGAGGUAGAAGGCCGAAAGAGUUCCUUCCCUUUCAGGACGCGCGCGACAUAGUUCGGGCGUCGAGAUUGAAGUCCUGGCGCGAGUGGCUGUUGUGGAACAGAAGUGGCUGUCGGCCUUCUGACGUGCCAAGUAAUCCGAGACUGUUCUACAGGAACACCGGUUGGACGGAUUAUCCCGACUGGCUCGGGUAUGCGAGGCAGCGGCCCGGGCCUAAGCCGUCGAUCGAGCGGGCACUCCGACGGAAGCAGCGCCAAGCAAAUGCGCGUUUGCAAGACUCGCCGCGACAAUGCAACGCCGCGAAGAAGCUGUUUUUGGAGCGGACGUCCGGUGGGCCGUUCGAGUUCCAGAUCUUACCGCAUCGGAGCAUCGCGCAGUUUGUCUAUCGCCAGACCACGCAAAAUCAGAACGAAACGAAAGGGGAGGAGAACAAGUGGUGUCCGCUGGUGCUCCGUUCUGUUGAAGAGGUUCGUGACCGCUGGCUGUUUUUCCACGCGCCCAAAAUUAGAUCCGGAUUCGGAAUGAUAUUCGUCAUCACGGCAGCUGAUCGAGUAUUCUUUUUUCCUUUCGCAUUUUUGGAUUCUCUCCGGCGCCCGACAGUGAGAGCCGACGCGCCAAUCCGCAUAGACGUCGAGACAGCAAAACCCUACGAGAUCACGAGUUCCGACGACCUGCAAAAGCAGCUGGCGGAGCACUGUCAGUCCGCGAAGCUUCUGGCCGAAGAAGAGUUCGGAAGAGCAUUUUACACCACUGCGGGCGAUGGGGCGUUGCAGCAGAGCUUGCUCCAGGUGGUGCAGUUCCUGCGCGACCGCUGCGGCUGCAACGUCGAGCGACCAAGUUUUCCGUCUUUGGACGCGCACUUUCUGAUCGAUGGCAUGAGAAUGUUAGCCCGCAGCUGCGAGUCGGACCGUUGCCAAACCUACGUGCGGUUGGAUCUGGGGCUGCAUCGAAGUACCGUUGCCAACGGGGGCGAGCGGAUGCGCAAAUGCGACGAGGCGCGCUGCCCGGACUUUCUCUUUGCGAUCGCGAGGUGGCACCGAUCUUCUGCAGAGUGUCAAGACAGCGCUCAGCACGAGGCUGGCGGCCGCGCGGAGCAGGACGGCAAUCUUCUGAGGGGUGUCUUCAUUUUCCCGCGGGCGUAUUUGAAGUCGCUGCGCGUGCUCAGGAGGGGAAAUAACGCCGGAAAGACAGCGAUCUACGCCUAUCCACCGUGGUCCAAUCCAACAUGGAAAGAGGUGAUCCGCAAGAAGCAGGAGCAACAGCAGUUCUUUUUAGACUUUGCACCAGAUGCCAACAUCGAAGAAAAUGUUGCGCGAGCAAAAAGAAUUUUUUCGGAGUAUAAACCGAAACCGAACGACAGUGAUGCUGAGCAACAGGAUGAAGAUGAAGUCUGAAUAGACAGGAGAACCCUGCUACCUACAACAACCUAAACUGAACGGUCUAAGCGCUUCGUGAACCUAGCGAAUCUCAGCAGUGUCAGGCUCAAACCAGUUCUUGGGACUAUGUAACCAAGCGGUUUAUCCUCAAGAUCACUGUUUGAAGGACAAGAUUAAGAUCUAGUCCACGUCUCUCCGUAUGUCAAAGUCAAAAAACAUUUUACUUUGGAGUUGUUUACGACCUUGACCUUCGCUUCUGGCACCACGCGUCGGGAAUCUACUUUGUAAAUACCAUGAAGACAGCAUUUACGGAGUGGAGACACAGAAGGACUCUGACGCAGGAAAUGGUUCUGCUUCUACGUUUUAUGACGGCAUGUUCGCGGGUGCAGCGAACCUUACAGGUUCAGUGAAUGCGAUGAAAAAUCUAGAUUUGGAUUUUGCGAGCCAGAAGAUCGAGCAGAUCAAGGAG